AUGGCCGAGGACACGUCAAUGAUUUCUCCGGAAGAGCUCGACUUCAUCCGUCAACGUGCUCUCCGUCGUUUCGACUCGAUUGUGCCAACCGCCGGAAGAGAAGGAAACGAGAUCGCUUCGGACAUCUUCAAGGGAAGAACUCUUGCCAUUUACACUUCUGGAGGAGAUUCCCAAGGUAUGAACAGUGCCGUCCGCAGUAUCACUCGUAUGGCUAUCUACUGUGGAUGCAAAGUCUACUUGAUCUACGAGGGAUACGAAGGAAUGAUUGAAGGUGGUGAUUUCAUCAAAGAGGCCACGUGGAACACUGUCUCCGACAUCAUCCAACAGGGAGGAACUAUCAUUGGAUCGGCCAGAUCAUCUGAAUUCAGAACUCGUGAAGGACGUCUCAAGGCUGCAACCAACUUGAUCAAUCGCGGAAUCGGACGUCUUGUCUGUAUUGGAGGAGAUGGUUCCCUCACCGGAGCCAACACUUUCCGUCUCGAGUGGACUGAUCUUGUGCAAGAACUUGUCAGAACUGACCGUGUCACCGCUGCUAUGGCCAAGAAGAUUCCAUACAUCCAAAUCGUUGGACUUGUCGGAUCCAUUGACAACGAUUUUUGCGGAACUGACAUGACAAUCGGAACUGACUCAGCCCUUCAGAGAAUCAUCAGCUCCAUCGACGCCGUAGUCGCCACCGCUCAAUCUCACCAGAGAGCUUUCGUCAUUGAGGUCAUGGGUCGUCACUGUGGAUAUCUCGCACUAGUUGCUGCGUUGGCUUCCGAAGCAGAUUUCUGUUUCAUCCCUGAAUGGCCAGCACCAGAAAACUGGCGUGACGUUCUAUGUGACAAGUUGUCUCAAAUGAGAUCAGAGGGACAACGUCUUAACAUCAUCAUUGUCGCCGAGGGAGCUAUUGAUCGUGAUGGAAAACCAAUCACUGCUGAAGAUGUCAAGACUGCCGUCAAAAACAAGUUGAAGUACGACACACGUGUCACUAUUCUUGGACAUGUCCAACGUGGAGGUGCUCCAUCUGCUUUCGAUCGUCUUCUCGGUUGCAGAAUGGGUGCUGAAGCCGUCUUCGCUCUUAUGGAAAUGACUGAGGACUCAGAGCCAUGUGUCAUUUCUAUUGACGGAAACGUCAUGGUCCGUGUGCCAUUGCUCAAAUGUGUUGAGAGAACUCAAAUGGUUCAAAAAGCUAUGGCCGACAAGGAUUGGACUACCGCCGUCAUGCUCCGUGGUCGUAGUUUCCAGAGAAAUCUCGAAACUUACAAGUUGCUCACCAAAAUGAGAACCGUUGAGAAGGACAAUCUCUCGGAGGGACACAAGUUCAACGUGGCUGUGAUCAAUGUUGGAGCACCAGCCGGAGGAAUGAAUGCCGCUGUUCGUUCAUACGUCAGAAUGGCUCUUUACCAUCAGUGCACAGUUUACGGAAUUGAAGACAGUUUUGAGGGUCUUGCCAACGGACUGUUCAAAAAGUUCAAGUGGUCUGACGUGACUAACUGGGCAAUGUACGGAGGAUCAUUCCUUGGUACCCAGAAGAGUCUUCCAACUCCUGAAACAAUGCCACAGAUUGCCGAGCAGCUCAAGAAGCAUAAUAUCCAAGCUUUGUUGCUUGUCGGAGGUUUCGAAGCCUACCACAGCACAAUUCUUUUAGCCGAAAUGCGUGAGAAAUAUCCAGAGUUCUGUAUCCCAAUGUGUGUCAUUCCAUGCACAAUCUCCAACAAUGUUCCAGGAACAAUGGUUUCUCUUGGAUCCGAUACUGCCAUCAAUGAGAUUUGCCAGAUGAUUGACAAAAUCAAACAGUCGGCUACUGGAACCAAAAGACGAGUGUUUAUUGUGGAGACAAUGGGUGGAUACUGUGGAUAUCUUGCUACUGUAUCAGCCUUGAGUUCCGGAGCUGAUAACGCCUACAUCUUCGAGGAACCAUUCACUGUUCAAGAUCUCUCUGAUGACGUUGAUGUCAUUCUCUCAAAGAUGGAAGUUGGAGCCAAACGUUAUUUGGUUGUCAGAAACGAAUGGGCUGACAAGAACCUGACCACUGACUUUGUACAGAGCCUGUUCAAUUCGGAAGGAAAGAAGCAGUUCACCACCCGUGUCAAUGUUCUGGGACACGUUCAACAAGGAGGAUCUCCAACUCCAUUCGACAGAAAUAUGGGAACCAAAUUGGCAGCUCGUGCUUUGGAGUUCUUGCUUAUUCAACUCAAGGAGAAUCUCACCGCUGACAACAAAGUGGUCGCAAAGACUCCACAUACGGCGACUCUUCUUGGUCUGAAGGGUAGAAAGGUUGUGUUCACUCCAGUUCAAGAUCUCAAGAAGGACACUGACUUUGAGCAUCGUCUUCCAAACGAUCAAUGGUGGCUCGGACUUCGCCCACUUCUUCGUGUCCUCGCUCGUCAUCGUUGCAACGUCGAAAGCUCAGCCGUCUUGGAGUCCGUUGAGGAGGAGAGUGCUGACACCCAUAUGUUCUAA